AUCAGUUGUCGACUCCUUCGACCAAGGACAGCUCCUAUUCUCUAAGUACUUGACUGGCACGAUCUCUCAAAUAUUCAUUAUCCACAAAUAAAAUUUAACGCUUCAACAUGAAGAUCUUGUGGAUAUUUCUGGCUUACGUGACUCUCGUGCAUUGUGGCAAAGCGAAAAAACAGAUUCUUGAGCAUGAGGUGAUUGAUGGUUAUGAAUUUGAGUAUCCAAAUCACGGCGAACCCGCGUUAGGCUUGAUCGAGGCAAAUGCUCAUUAUGAAGCUGUGCCUGUCAUAGCAGUUGCUGAGAGUGGUCAUCAUUCGAGUCAUCAUAUCCAGCCUGGUUACAGCGUGGGUGGCCCUCUAGCCAGUAUAGCCAAAGGAGCCGCUGAUCAAGCUAAAACACAACUGAAUCAGCAACCAGUGGCCGCUGGGCAGGCAGCAUACGUAGCCAAAAACACUUUGGCUAAAGCGGCGGCGCAAUCCGCGGCGACAGCUGCUGCAGCUUUGGCCGGCAAGCAGAUUAUCGUGUUGGGUCUAGAACAGCAGUCAAGGGACGCGCAUGUUGCGGUGGAUGGUGAGGAGCGACAAUUGCUACAAGCUGCACGGGCGGCCGCAGCCGCGAAGAACGCGGCGCAACAGGCAAUGCAUCAAGUACAAGUGAUCACUACGGCGUUGAACGCGGCGCAAGCGACCGCCGAACGUGCCGGGCAAGCGGCAUCCGAGACCGCAGCCCAGCUAGCGGCGCAAACGACGAUGGUGGGCCAGGCUAAGGCAAAGGCUGAAAGGAUCGACGAACAGCUCGCGGCAGCACGCUUGGACUUCGACACAACGCAAGCAGCAGCGCUAAAGGCCGCCAGUGCCGCUCAAGCUGCACAAAACAAUGCCGCGGCUGCGGCCGCGCAUGCGGCUCAUACCGCGGCCGAGGCUGCAGCGGCAAACCAUCCAGCCCAUUUGCACGAUGACGAGCAUGAGAUCGCUUUAAUAAACACUCUGCCCAUAGAUGCUUACGAAUAUAAGGGUUAUCAUCUCUAAGAGAGAAAAUAAAGAAAUAGAGAAAGGAAGAGAGAGAGAGAGAGAGAAGGGGGAGAGAGAGACUCACCACUCACAAACCGCGUUCAUGUUUCAUCCCUUCGCAAGUACACUUGCUCAGCAACACAACGCGCAAAGGCGCUUAAGCCAUCCUUUUUCUUUUCUAUUCUACUCAGAGAUCAUACGUCACUGUGUUCACGUGCUAGACUGCACAAUAAAAUAUUGUUGCCAUUCUGAA